AUGUUUUCUUAUUUCCUUUCCAUCCCAUUAACACCUCCUCUUUUUAAUUCUUUCUUUUGCUUUCAUUUUCUUCCUUUCUUUUUUUUACGCUAUUUUCUUUCUUUCCUCCUUUUUUAUUAUCUUUCUUUCUUUCUUUCUUUCUUUCUGUAUGCCAUUUUCUUUUUUCCUUCUUUUUCAUUUUCUUUCUUUUUUUCUUUCUUUUCCUUUUCUUUCUUUAAUCCUUUCUUUAAGGCAUUUUCUCUCUUUCUUUUUCUUUUUCAUUUUCUUUUCAUUUGCUUUCUUUCUGCAAUUUUCUUUCUUUCCUUCUUUUUCAUUUUCUUUCUUUCUUUCUUUCUUUCUUUCUUUCUUUAUGCGAUUUUGUUUUUUCAUCUUUUCCGUUUCCUUCCUUUCUUUUUUCAUUUCUUUCCUCCUUUCUUUUGUAUAACCUUUCUUGGUUCCCUCUUUCCUUCCCGUCCUGGUUUUCUCUUUUUCGUUUUUCUUUCGUUGUUUUUUUUCUUUCAUUUGCAUAAAGUCCCCAGAUUUCUUUUCACUUUCAUUCUUUCUUUCUGUGGUCUGUUGUUUUCUUUCGUUUUUAUUUUUUUUAACAUUCUUUCCUCUUCUUUUUGUCUCUACGUCUUUCGGCUUCCCAAAUCUCCACUUCCUCCCCACAUUCUGAUGUUUCCCGCCUGCAAAUGCUUCACUGAUUGUCCUCUUUAG